AAAAGCUGGCGUGGGGGUGGCAGGGUAGAGGAGAGCAGGCAAGAGGGGCCAGGGCUGGGCAGCCAGUGCAGCGGAUCCGGCCUCUGCCUGGCCUCCCCGGGGACAACACAGGUUCGCAGAGGCAGCAGCACUUUUGCAAGAUGAAGUGAUUGCCGAGCUCCAAGUGCCGAAUGAUGGAAGCUCCAGCAGGGGGGGAGGAAAAGGCAAAUGAAUCACACGCAGGAAUCCCUCGGGCCCCAACUGGCAUCCAGAGGUCGCGGUGGCGGGCGGCCGGCGCGGUGCGCUGCGAUCUAUCCGUCUGUCCUGUCCUGUCCUGUCUGUCCUGCCGGGCGGAGCGGCGAGCGGCAUCUGGCCCCGGAGCGGCUGCGAUGCGGGUCAGGAUGAUUUCAGCUGCCUCCGUCCUCGUCCUGCUCUUCCUGCCCUCGGAGACCUGCUCGCCCCUGCAGUGGCCCCGGGGCCCAUCCCGCAGGCUGACCCUGGCCCCCCAACCCACCUGGGAGCCCUGGCCAGGAGCCCAGCGAUCCCCAGUCCCGGAUACCGGCCCCUUGCCACAAAGACUGUGUCAGCCUCACAGGGCAGAGCCCACCCUGGCCCCCCGCACCCCACGGGCGCUGCAAACCGGCAAGAGGCGAGAUGGCAAACCCAACUCGCUGGAUCUCACCUUCCACCUCCUGCGUGAGUUCCUGGAGAUGUCCCGGGAGGAGAGACUGGCCCAGAAAGCGCUCAGCAAUAAGCUCUUGCUGCAGAGUAUAGGAAAAUGAAGGAGC